AUGGAGCGUGUCGAUGCCAAGAUGGACGGAGUGAGCCAGCGCCUGACUGCAGUCGAAAAGUCGCUCAGCGCGGUCGGUGGCGGUGAUCUGAAGGCCUUCCAGGAACAAAUGCUCAUGGCGCUGCGCCAGUUGCGGGAGGCGAUGGUCAAGGACACUGCGACGUCGGCCCCAUCCUCGAGCUCGAUCUCGAACGAGGCUGCUCUCCGCGAAGAGAAUGAAGCACUCAAGAAGCAGGUCGAGAAACUCAACUACCGCAUCUCCCACUUGCUUCGCCAUGUUGCCAACUAA